UCCAAAUUAAGCCAGGCCCCUCCCAGGAUAUGCCUUCUCCGGGGCUGGAACCAUAGCAAUCUAGUGUGGUUGAAGCAGGAAGAAGAAGCAGGUACAGGAGGUACCCUCCAGAAAACUCAGCUCGAACAGUUGCUGACUGACAGUGUGACCCCAGAGUCCCAGGACCAUGAAGCCUGUGGCCCUCCAGGAUUACAUCUGUUCAUUGGACCCAGCCUCCCUGCCCCGGAUCCUGAAGAUAUGCUCCGGGGUGUAUUUUCAGAGCUCCAUCUAUGAACUCUCUGGGCUUGAGUGCUGUUUGUCCACUGGAGACCUCAUAAAAAUCAUCCAGAUCAAUCUCAAGAAAGUGAUCUGUGAGAACCUGCAAACAGGCCACAUCACCGAGCUCCCUCCUGACUUCCCAGGCUACUUUAGCUCAACCGUCAACCCUCAGCUCUAUAGCACCCUGGACAAGCUGAUGUCUGCUGCCACCCAAAAUGGGGCACUGCCUAUCUACUUCAGCUCAGUGCAUGACAUCAAAGUACAGGGCAGAGUGGUGCCCAGAGACCAGCCCCUCAUGCUGAAGUCUGUGGAGACGUACCAAGGUAUCCGCCGUGCCUGCUGCAUGAUGGACUCAGGAACCCCCAAGUUCACCAUGUACCUACCUCUCUCUCUGCGAGGGACUUUUUACAGCUGGGGAUCAGGCUUCCCACAGACAUUACUCCAGACAUUACAGGGCCCUGUUCUGCUGGAUCGACCCUUCAUCUGCCCCACUCUCCACUGGAACUCCCUGAUCCUCCAACCUGUGUAUGAGAUUGAUGCCAUCAUGCACAUGCGUACAGAUAUUGUGAAGAUCCCGUCUACCCUGGAAGUGGAUGUAGAGGACAUCACUGCCUCCUCGGAGCAUCUUCAUCAACAAUUCAGCAAACCUUUGCUGCUAAGUGACAUCUUGGCCCAGGGUGGGCCCUUCCCAAUGCGUGUAGCGAUCCUAGAGGUCCCUGAUGGCCCCCCUGUCUUUCAUAGGUCCCUGAAGAAGGGUCAAGAGCUCAUGAUUCAUGGCCCAGCCUCCCCACCAUGGCGGGUACUGGCCUCCAGUAGGAGCCGGAAGACCCCUCGACACUUCCUCAUUUCAGGAGCCUACCGGGGCAAAUUGAGGCGCCGGCCCCAUGAAUUCCAUACAGCUUUUGACCUCCUGCUUGCCCUGUCACCUGGCUUUCCACUCUAUGUGGUGGCCACACAAGACUGGGAGGGUGAGGAGGGUGACUCCACUUCCCCUUCCCUUUUCAGAGGUGACCGAUUGGAGGUGUUGGGAAAGGACGAGGGCCCCAAUGGGGAGGUUCUGGUCUGUAAUCGACUGAGUGAUGUGGCUGGGGAGGAGGAAGAAGAAGAACAGAGAGAGGAAAAGGAACAGCUCUUGCUGCCCCUCUACUCCUCUUGUGGUUUUGUGGAAGAGAUGAGCGAUGGGAAACGCUACAGUCUGGCCAACCUAAUAACCCAGAUCCCACUGCCCUGUGAGGUCAAGGUCUUGGGCAAGGACCCUUCCCUUUCUGAGGACCCACUGGCCUCCUUACUUGGCCUACGGCUGGAGGAGAAGAUCACAGAGCCCUUCCUGACCAUCAGUCUAUCCACUGACCCCAAAAUGUGCUUUGAGAUCCCCCCUAGAUGGCUAGACCUGACUGUAGUGGUGGUCAGUGAGUCACUGGAGAAGCAAGGAGAGCCAUUGUUAACCUGCACAGUGGAAGAACUGACAGAUGCCUUCUACUACAAACUUCAGAGCUUGCAAUACUGUAGUGCCCAGGCCCCUCCACCCAGGCCCCCCAAAACCAAGCGAAAGUGCAACAGCUCAGCCAAGCCUAAUGAAGCCCCAAAGCCUGAGACAAAGGCCCCAGUGAAGGUGCCUGAACUCCCCGCCAAACACACCAGAGCGUGCUUCUUGCCACAGGCCUCCAAGAGCUGCUCAGAAGUAUACGGCAAAUCCUCCAAAGUGCGGAAGCCGCUCAGGAAGAGCCCAGAGAAGAGAGAAUCUGAUGAUUCUGACCAUGACUACGAGGAUCCUGAUGAAGAGCUCAAACAAACCAUCAAGAUGAUGGCAGAGACCAUACUUCCCUACUGUGACCAUGACUAUGAGUACGUGGGUGACUUUAGUUGAAGCCGACCUUUCAGGUGAUGGAGGGGACUAGGCUUCCCUACAAGGACCAAGAGAGGAAGUACUCCACCCAAGGGCAACUCCGCCAGCUUCCCGCUGUUCCUCGGCAUCCAGCUCGGAACCAGCAUGGGGGUGGUGUGGAGGGACAGUUCCUGACUCAGAGAUCUAGACCCUCCACACCACUGUCCUCCGGUCACCUUCGUGCUCCCGUGCUCCUGAGCUCCAGCUCCCGCCCUGGGCUUCUCAUUGAUGAAGGCUCACUCUAUCUAGUCCAGCCCAGAACCACACUGCCGUUGCCCUCUUGGAAUCUUCAUGCCAUGUUGUCCUUGGUGUACCCCACAUCCUUUCCAAGUCUUGUUCUGGGAACAGUAAUUAAAUCAUCACUCCCAUUCCUAAACAAGGGUGUGUCGAUCAAAGGUCCUUUGAUUUCACCCACCGUCCCUGUGGUCGAAACAGCCAAACCAAAACACAUUUCCCUGCCCAUCACUCCCAUGUGUAUAUUGUCUUCCCCCGUUAGAGUGAAAGGUCUUUCCAGAAACAGAACAAUUUAU